AUGGAUCGCGAAUACGAUGAUGAUUCUGAUAUGGAAAUCGAUGAAUCGGAUUAUGAAGCAGCACCACCAAAAAUCAACCUACUAAUCGAAACUGGAUGUAUAUCAACUAAACGGCAUCGAUUUGGCAUAAAAUUAUUCGCUAUUUGCGAUCGUCAAACAGGAGUGAUGCUGGAUUUCAUUAUCUGUGCUGGUUCGUCUACAGACCUCGAUCUAGAUCAAAAUUUGGGAAAAUCAGGAUCGCCAGUUAUGACUGUGAUGAAACCGUAUUGGAGCAAGGGAUACUGA